AUGUCGUCCGCAGAAACGGUGGUUAUCGCUGGUUCCGGCAAUAUUGCCCGGUAUCUAAUCGAGGAGUUCAUUGCUGAUGGUAAAUACCGCGUCGCUGUCAUUUCGCGCAAUAACCGGCCGUUUCUCGAUGCUCUUGGAGUGGACGUCCAAAUAGUAAAGGAGUACAGUCGCGAGUCCGUACUCCCAAUAUUGGACUCCCUCCCCAAGACUAGGGCUCUGAUAUCGGCGCUGUCCACCGACGAUCCCACGACAUACACAUCACUGCAUGAAGCAUUGCUGUCCGCUUGUCGGGAUUCGAAAUCCUGCAAGCGUUUCAUACCAAGUGAAUUUCUCGGAAACACUAGAGACUAUGGUGUUCCACGCGGGCCCUCUCGCGCCCGCAGCGCUUUCCGCCCAAUCUUGACCAGCCAGAAAGACGUCACUUUCACUGUCGUCAAUCUUGGUUGGUUAGCCGAUUACUUUGUUCAAACACCAGGCUCACAGAAGACAUAUAUCCGCCCAUUUCCACAGGGUUGGCCUAUUGAUUUGGAAAAGCGGACCGUCCGUGUUAUUGGAACGGGUGACGAGCCUAUAGGUUGGACCGCGACAAGAGAUAUGGCCAAGGCAGUUGUUGCGUUGAUUCCGCAUGAUGACUGGCCAGAGUAUACUUGGGUUUAUGGCGAGCUGGGCACUUGGAAUCAGGCAAUCCAAAAAGUCGAGAAGUUUUAUGGAAUUAAACUGCAGCGAGAGUAUGCCAGCAAAGAGUCCAUAUCGGCCCGCCUUUCCAAUGAAGAUGACCUUGACGCGUGGUAUCGGGCAACUAUCGACGAGUGGUCACUUCUGGGUGCGACUGCGGUGCCCCGCGAGGAAGCCGAUCACCAACGGGAAAAGUACUUCAAAGAUGUUGUUUUCCGUGAUAUCGAAGCGCUACUGCUUAGCUCACAGCAUGUACCAAUUGUUUGA